AUGGCUAAUAAAAAAGUGAAGGUGAUAGAACAGUGUCAAAUUGGUCCUCCACCAGGUUCGGUUUCUUCAACUUCUAUUCUUACAUUCUUUGAUAUUCCAUGGCUUUGUUGCCCUCCAAUCAAACGCGUUUUCUUCUAUGAAUUCCAUUAUCCCAAAUCACACCUCUUACAAGAAGUGAUUCCAAAUCUGAAACAAUCACUUCCACUCACUCUCAAACACUUCUUCCCUUUCUCUUCCAACAUAGUGUUCCCUCCAAAGCCACAAACCCCACACAUUCUCUACAAAGAAGGUGACACUCUUCCCUUCAUAGUUGCUGAGUCCACAACAACAAAUCUCAACAACCUCGUAUCUGACUCACCAAGAGAUGUCACGUGCUUGCACCCUUUUGUUCCUGUUUUGCCCUCACCACGUGCCUUGGAAGAAGAUGAAAGUGGAACCUUGUUGAUUUCUCCUAUGGCCAUUCAGGUAACUAUCUUCCCCAACUCCGGCUUAGCCAUAUGCAUUACUUUCAGACACGUGGUUGCUGAUGGGAGAGCGUUUCAUCACUUCAUGAAGUUUUGGGCCUCGCUUUGUGGGCCUAAAGUGGGCCUUGAUUUACCAUUGCUUGAUAGGAACAUGAUCCAAGACCCAAAUGGGCUCAGGCCCAUUUUCCUAGAAGCUAUUUGGAAUAUCCCGAUUAAAACCAUGGAAUCCACAGGCCAAGUUAAUAAUUUUCCUAGUGACAUGGUGAGGCGCACGUUUGUGGUGAGGAAUGAGCGUGUUGAGAAUUUGAAGAAAUAUGUGACUACUAAAUGCCAAAACCAUGGUCUAGAGACAUUGCAUGUUUCGACAUUUGUGGUGACAUGUUCUUUGAUUUGGGUUUGUAAGGUGAAAUCAGAAAAUAAUACUGUUAUGGUGGGUAAUCUCCGGAGAUUGAUGGAUUUGGGGAAGCAUCUGUUAUUAACUGCUGGUUCACCAAAGUUGGACGUGUAUGAAACUGAUUUUGGGUGGGGGAAGCCUAAGAUGAGUGAAGUAGUUCAAGUAGAGUCUUCAAUGUCAGUUUCACUAUCCGAUUGCAAGGGCAAAGGUGGAAUUGAAGUUGGGAUAGCACUUGGAAGGACUCAAAUGAUGAAAUUCAAUACCCUUAUGGAAGAGUUCCUUGAAGAAAUUGCUGAAAAGUAACAAUUCAUGAUUGAAAAUAUAGGCGAAAUCUCUCGUGCCUUUAACUUGCUAACGGGGUUAGCAUCGUUAAGUAGCACUGUAGCUGUGUAGCAUGUUAUUAUUUUUUAUUUUAAUUUAAAAUUGGUAACUCCACUAAGGGCUUGUUGGUAGGGGUGGAAACAGGCCUGGCUUGUCAUACAGUUGAU